UUUACUUUAAUUCAAUAUCAGUCUUAAAUCAAAAGUUGAACUUUAAAGAGAAACCGAACUAAAACUACGAUAUUCUACAGCCUGUGUUUCAAGAAGAAAAUUAUUGAAACGGAAUUAUAAAUAAGAAGAAAACAAAUUGAUAAAAAAAUGAAGUUAUAUUUGAUUGGAGUUAUCACCCUUUUGGGCCUCUUGUGUGGGGACGCCGAAGAUAUAGGAACGGUGAUUGGUAUCGACCUCGGAACUACUUAUUCUUGCGUCGGAGUGUAUAAAAACGGAAGAGUUGAGAUCAUUGCAAAUGACCAAGGAAACAGGAUCACCCCUUCUUAUGUAGCGUUUACAGAAGACGGUGAACGUCUGAUAGGUGAUGCUGCCAAAAACCAACUGACGUCCAAUCCGGAGAAUACGAUAUUUGACGUAAAACGUCUGAUUGGUCGGGAAUGGGAUGACGAAUCAGUCCAGAGUGACAUGAGACAUUAUCCUUUCAAAGUAUUAAACAAGAACAACAAACCGCAUAUAGAAGUCAAGGUUGGAAAUUCCACUAAAGUAUUCGCUCCAGAGGAAAUAUCUGCAAUGGUUCUGAGUAGGAUGAAAGACAUUGCCGAGGGAUAUCUUGGUAAAAAGGUAACCCACGCAGUUGUUACUGUCCCCGCCUACUUCAAUGACGCCCAGCGACAGGCUACCAAAGAUGCAGGAAGAAUUGCUGGUCUCAACGUUAAAAGAAUCAUCAACGAACCAACUGCAGCAGCUAUUUCAUAUGGUCUCAAUAAGGAAGGAGAGAAGAAUGUCCUUGUUUUUGACCUGGGAGGAGGAACUUUUGACGUUUCCAUUUUGACUAUUGAUAAUGGAAUAUUUGAGGUUGCCGCUACAAAUGGAGACACUCAUUUGGGCGGUGAAGAUUUUGACCAAAGAGUUAUGGACCAUUUUGUAAAAUUGUACAAAAAGAAAACAGGAAAAGAUAUUAGGACUGACAAGCAAGCAGUGCAAAAACUUAGACGUGAAGUCGAAAAAGCAAAAAGAGCCCUGUCGUCUGCUCAUCAAACUAGAAUAGAGAUUGAAUCACUAUUUGAAGGAGAAGAUUUCUCCGAAACAAUAUCAAGGGCGAAAUUUGAAGAAUUGAACAUGGAUUUAUUCAGAUCUACCAUGAGACCAGUUAAGAGAGUUUUAGAAGAUGCUGAUAUGAAAAAAUCUGAAAUUGACGAAAUAGUUCUUGUUGGUGGAUCCACAAGAAUUCCUAAAAUUCAACAACUACUCAAAGAUUAUUUUAACGAAAAGGAACCAAGCAGGGGAGUUAAUCCAGAUGAAGCAGUUGCAUAUGGCGCUGCUAUCCAGGGUGGUAUACUUAGCGGAGCAGAUGAGACCAGUGAUCUUUUGUUGAUGGAUGUUAACCCGCUUACUCUAGGUAUCGAGACAGUCGGCGGUGUUAUGACUAAACUGACACCACGUAACACGCCCAUCCCAACUAAGAAGUCACAAAUCUUUUCAACAGCUGCCGAUAACCAACCGGCUGUAACAAUCCAAGUUUUUGAAGGCGAACGACCGAUGACAAAAGACAAUCACCUACUUGGAACAUUUGAUUUAUCGGGUAUCCCACCAGCACCACGAGGUGUACCUCAGAUCGAAGUCACGUUCUCAAUUGACGCUAACGGGAUUUUAAACGUUAGCGCAGAAGAUAAAGGAACGGGACAGAAAAACAAUAUCGUUAUACAACAGGAUGAUAACAGACUUUCACCGGAAGAUAUAGAACGUAUGAUAUAUGAUGCUGAGAAAUUUGCUGAAGAAGAUAAAGCUACUAAGGAGAAUUUAGAUGCUAAACAUGAAUUAGAAAGUUUGACAUAUAACUUGAAAAAUGAAAUUAGUGAUAAAGAAAAACUUGGAGGAAAAUUGACUGACGAAGAAAAAUUGACAAUAGAAAUUGCAGUCGAAGAAAAAAUUAAAUGGUUGGAAAAUAAUUCAGAUUCUUCAGCUGAAGAUUUGAGAGAACAGAAGAAAGCUUUAGAAAACAUUGUUAAUCCAAUUAUAAGUAAGAUAAAUCAAGAUUCACCUUCUUCAGAAGGAGAAAAAGAAGAAUUUUAAUGAGUUUGUUAGUCUCAUAAUACCUCUGUCUUUCACUGCCAGUAUAUUUUAUCAUUUUACAUUUAGUAAGUAUCAUAUUCAUUCAUAUGCAACUCACAUUGUCAUUCAUUUUGUUUUUGUGAUAAAGAAUUAUUGUUAAAAGCGUGUAAGUUUGGAUGAAAUCAAUGUUUGUCACGUAUUGUGUUUAAACAUGUGUAAGAGUUGUUUUAUGUGUGCGUUUAGCGCAGCAGACGUGAUAAUUGUAUUAAAACCAAAAGGCAACAAAAUUUGCAUGAUGUGAUUUAAUUAAGACAAUCAGUUUUAUAUUCAUUUUUUUAAGAAUAUCAGAAAUCCAAAAAAUAUCUAAAUGAAUAGAUCGUUUGAUGAAAAAGUAACCAUAGAGUCAAACAAAGAUUCUACUAAUCCCUGUAGAACAUAAAGUUCUUGUAUUUCCAGCUUGUGCCAGGAAAAAUAAAAAUUUAAAAGUUGCAAUAUUUCAAACCUCAAUACUUCCGUUUGAUAAUUAGAUAGUCUUAAAAUUUUCAUUCUCUGGGCAUUAAAAUAAAAUUUAUCAUUGAAAAAGUAUAAUGUCCCUUUACUUUUCAUUUAGCCCUUCUAGGCAGAGUGUAUUAUAUGUCUCUGAUCAAGGGAACAGUAAAUAUCUUACCGGAAUCAAAUACAGUCUUUAGCAAACGAUCUAUGUCUCAGUAUCAUACUUGUUAGAUGGUCCAUUUAAGUUAUCUUUUACUUACAUGUAGUUCUAUUGUGUGUAGUAUGUAAUGUUUGCAUUGUUUAUAUAUUUUUAUGUAUUUCAUGUAUGCAUGAUUGACCUCGUUGUGUAUCGGUUAUUUGAGAAUGAAAAUCAAUUCAAAUGUCAAUAAAAUGACUUUUUUGUUAUUUUAAUUUUUAAUAAAAAUUUACGUUUAUA